GCUGCGGCCGGGGUUUGUCCCCUCCUCGGCUUCCGUAGAGGAAGUCGCGCGGACCCGUAUUCGGGGUUUCGGUGCCCCCCCUUCCCCUUCCCCGGGGUCCGGGGGUGACAUUGCACCGCGCCCCUUACGGGGUCGCGUCGCCACCCCACGCGGACCCCCUAGCUGGCGUGCUCCUCCCAUUCGCCUCUCUUGGCCAGGCCUCCUCUCUGCCCCCAGCUGCCAAGCAAUGGGGGCCGCAGUGUUUUUCGGAUGCACUUUUGUCGCUUUCGGCCCGGCCUUUGCGCUUUUCUUGAUCACUGUGGCCGGGGACCCUCUUCGUGUCAUCAUCCUGGUCGCAGGGGCGUUUUUCUGGCUAGUCUCUCUGCUCUUGGCCUCUGUGGUCUGGUUCAUCUUGGUCCAUGUGACUGACGCAUCCGAUGCCCGGCUCCAGUAUGGCCUCCUGAUUUUUGGUGCUGCCGUCUCGGUCCUUCUACAGGAGGCGUUCCGCUUUGCUUACUACAAGCUGCUUAAGAAGGCAGAUGAGGGGUUAGCAUCGCUGAGUGAGGACGGAAGAUCGCCCAUCUCCAUCCGCCAGAUGGCCUAUGUUUCUGGUCUUUCCUUCGGUAUCAUCAGUGGUGUCUUCUCUGUUAUCAAUAUUUUGGCCGAUGCACUUGGGCCAGGUGUGGUUGGGAUCCAUGGAGACUCACCCUAUUACUUCCUGACUUCAGCCUUUCUGACGGCAGCCAUCAUCCUGCUGCAUACCUUUUGGGGAGUUGUGUUCUUUGAUGCCUGUGAGAGGAAACGGUACUGGACUUUGGGCCUGGUGGUUGGCAGUCACCUACUGACAUCAGGACUGACAUUCCUGAACCCGUGGUACGAGGCCAGCCUGCUGCCCAUCUAUGCAGUCACUGUUUCCAUGGGGCUCUGGGCCUUCAUCACAGCUGGAGGGUCCCUCCGAGGUAUCCAGCGCAGCCUCUCGUGCCGACGGCAGGAGGACAGUCAGGUGAUGGUGUAUUCUGCCCUGCGCAUCCCACCCGAGGAUUGAGGGAACCUGGGGGGGGGAACCCCUGUGCCUGGGGUGCUCCUCUGAUCUCCUCGUCCUGUAUUUCUCCAUCUCCUGUUGUGGACAGUGCAGGUUGCCAAGAAAAGGGGCCUAGCUUAGGCAUUGCCAUGAAGACGAACUUAAUAAUGGAGCCUCAAGGGUAGACGAGCUCUGAGUUUCCCAGGACCCCCUCCCCAGACUGGACAUCUUGGUCUUUUUCUCAGGUCUGAGGGGAACCAUUUUUGGUGUGAUGGAGACCCCAAACUGCCUUUUUUUUUUUUUUUUUUUUUUUUUUUUUGGAGUGCAGGGAGGGAGGAUUUGUUGGACUUCUUCUCCUAACCUCCUUGGACUCUUUUCCCUCCUCAAAUCGCUCCUCAUGGCUGGGCUCAUCUGUCCACCUUUCCCCAUGGUCCCGGGCCUUGCGGGAAAGGAAGGAAGUGCAUGUUUGGGAACUGGUAUUACUGGAACUAAUGUUUUCACCUCCUUGACCACCAGCAUCCCUCCUCUCCCCAAGGUGAAAUGGAGGGUGCUGCGGUGAGCUAGCCCACUCUAGAGCUAUCGUGCCACUGGAGGAGUCAGCCUACCGUGACAGCGCAGGGAAGGAGGGCAGAUUUUUUUCUAGUUUUUAAUUGGGGUGUGUUGGGGGCGGGGCGGGAAGGUUUUCUAUAAACUGUAUCAUUUUCUGCUGAGGAUGGCGUGUCCCAUCCUUUUAAUCAAGGUGAUUGUGAUUUUGACUAAUAAAAAGGACUUUAUAAUUGUG